AUCACAUCGAGCAGAGCAUCACUAAGCCUCGGGUUGCUUUGUCCCAGAUGUUGCCUGGCCAGGGGUGGUAGGAGCCUGGGUUUCCUAUGGCCAGAGGUGUUCAGAAAUGUUUGCGCUUGGCUGUGGCCACCGUGGCCUUGACCGCGCUGACACUCUUGGUGAGUCCAAAAGAGGCGGCCAUCCGAAACUACUCUCCUCCGACAACGCUGCCAAAAAGCAAUAUUCCAGAUCCUAAUGCGCCACAAGGCCCUUUGCGGAUCCCAGGCUAUGAGCUUCGGAAAGCGUACGCUGGAGCUGCUUGGCGUCGAGGGCCGGCCCUAGUGGAAGAGGCAAAAAGAAGAGUCGAUCCUGGAAUGCCUCCACUAGAAGAAAGAGUGUUCCUUGUUACAGGAGCAACAAAAGGUCAUGGCCUAGAGACUACCGCGCGCCUUCUGGACGCCGGAUGUACGGUUAUCAUGCAUGGCAAGAUCGAAGGACGUUUGAGAAAGUGGGCCCUGGACAUGGGUGAGGCUUUCGAGACGGACAAGAUCGAUCCCGUGCUUUGCGACCUCAGUGAAUCCGAGGAAGUCGAGGCUUUGGCCAAUCUUAUUGCAGAGAAACAUCCCAGAAUUCAUGGGAUCUUGCACAAUGCUGCCACAAUCGAUGGCAAGUUCACUGGGAAACGAAAGUACACCUGGAAUUACAAAAUGGAGCAUACCAUGGCGGUGAACGCGAUUGCACCAUUUCAGUUGACAUCUCUCCUGAUGCCACAGCUAAAUGCCGCUGGCAGCGCACGCGUGAUGUUUUCCACGUCCCCUACGAUGAGUGGGGACAACUAUCUUGAUGACAUCAAGUGUGAGAGAUACUGGACCGGUCUGCAUUCAUACAGACUCAGCAAGUUGUGCUUGGAGAUGGUGGCCAAAGAGAUGCAUUUGAGAUACGGAAAUGCGCCGAACCUCACUUUCCACAGCUUUCAUCCAGGAUCUGCGAACACCAAACUGAUGCGUCAGGGAGCUGCUGCGGGUACCGGAAGAAAACUGCAGCGCAACAAGAAGGUUCCCCAUGACCAACCCAGCUAUUUGCCUACACCUAGAUCACGGAAAACUUCCUUUUUUGCAAUGGUCGAUGACGUUUACCAACGGCAAAGUUGGGCUCUCAGACCCUUUGACGACUCCAAGACAGUGACAACACAACGGAGCUAGUCUAGACCCGACACUCCCCUUGUGCCAUGAUCGAAACAUGAUUGACAUCAAACUGCUCAAGGCGGGACUUUUGUGAGUGAUGGCAAUGUUAAAUCAAAGGCCAUUGAUGAUGACAAAGCUCGGGCAACGCUUUGGGAGGAGUUCACAGAAAUUUCUGGAGCAAAAUGGCCUGAGCCACAUGGUUCGCUUCCUGAGCCACAAGAUGCCACAUCAGAACUCUUGGAGGCAUGAAGGAAAAGGAGAGC